AUGGACGUCUCGAACGUGUUGCGCGGUGGCUUGCUGUCCGCCAAGGCACUGCAACGCGUCCAGGAGCUGGGUGUAUGCGAUCGAUGCUGUCUGCGCUUCGCUGGAGUUGAGGACUCGGACGUUUACGCCUACACUGAAGAGAAACUUGCAGAUGCAAUGAACGAUUUUAUUAAAGAGAGUGGCGUGGUCGAGCCGAAAGAGGUCGUCGGCUGCACGUGCUGUGUGGGUGUACUGAAUGGCGCAUUCCAUGAGAAGAUUCUGGCGGAUGUACAGCAAUUAGCAGAGGAGGCCGACUACGACGUCAAGGCCUUCUCUCUAAACAUCAAACUGCCCAGCGUCGUACUGCUGCGGGAGUACGCGCUGCUUAAAUUCUUGCGCUCGAAUGUCGACAAUUUUCCGCGCAAAAUACCGUUUGAUAUGAAGGAUGUGCUUAAGUCCUUACUGGCGCCUACCAUAUCGCGAAUGCUGAAGAAUGCCGAGUGUGCUACUAAAAGCGAAUUCGCAGUGCUGGUCGACAUUAAACACGAUGAAUCCGCUGACGAAGUGCGUCAGAUUCCGGCCAUCAAGAAGCAGCUAGACGGCACCCGAAAGCGUGGUCGUGGACCACCUCCGGUUUUCGAUGGCUUUGGUGCGGUUUCUCGUGCUCUAGCAGCACUGACGAGUAUGCCUGAGUCAAUUAAAAGCCCUCCCUCUCGGCUCACUACUGCACCGGAGGCUGCUGCUUCCUUCGAGCGCGACUCCGUGUACAUGCAAGGACGAUACCUUAAAUUCCAGCGUGGACUAAGUCAAACGCCGUGGGUUCUGGAUGGUGUGCGAAUGGGCGAAUCAUCUGUGGAAGAAUGCAUUGGCGAUGUCGCUCUGCCGUUUUUUCGGGGAUCGAGCUACAAGUUCCACACUGCGGGUCGUGAAGAUGUCGACGUGCGGAUGCUUGGGAACGGAAGGCCUUUCAUCUUGGAGAUCUUGGGUGCAUACCUGAGUGAGGACGAGUAUGACCAGAUUCAAAAGGCUGCCAACGAUGCGAACAAUGGCGCUGUCGAGAUUGUGCAAGUCAAGAGCUCCACAAAGGACUAUUUCGCAGCAUUGCAGGCUGGUGCUGACUCCAAGAAGAAGACUUAUUGCUGUGUUGUUUGGUCAGAAGGAGAAUUGACACCGGAAGCUAUUGCGAAGAUUGACUCGAUCCAAGACCUUACCAUUCAGCAGCAGACACCCGUCCGUGUGUUGCACCGCAGGACGUUGAUGACGCGGCCGAAGAUUAUUCAUGCAGCCAAGUGUGAGGUGUUGAACAAGCACUACAUGCUUCUACGUCUCACCACAUCUGCAGGAACGUACGUCAAGGAGUUCGUGCACAGUGACCGGGGUCGCACCAACCCCAACAUCGCGUCGAUCUUGGGCUGCGAUGCUGAUAUCAUCCAACUUGACGUCGAAAGUCUGAUCGAUGCCCAGUAAAGACUCAGAUCCGAGCCAAUACAUCACAUAGAGAUACCCCCUUA